UUUUCUCUGCCCUUUAUUUGCCCCAGUCUCCUCUCCUCCCGCCGCUGUCUGGUCUUCUUCCCCUCUCCGUGGUUUCUUCGCCUCACUCUUCGUCUCCGCUGUAGCCAGACGACGCCCAUUUGUUCUUGAUCGAAGGAGAAUGGGCCCAGGUCUCUACUUCGAGAUCGGCAAGAAGGCCCGAGACCUUCUCUACAAGGACUACCAGACCGAUCAGAAGUUUACCGUCACCACUUAUACCUCUAAUGGAGUUGCUAUUACGGCUUCAGGUACAAGAAAGAAUGAUUUACUUUCAGGGGAGUUACAUUCUCAGAUAAAGAACAAGAAUAUUAUUUUUGAUGUGAAAACAAACUCAAAUUCCAAUGUCACAACCACAAUUACUGUUGAUGAAGUUGCAACCCCAGGGUUGAAGGCAAUUUUCAGCUAUGUUCUCCCUGACCAGAAGUCGGGCAAGGUUGAGGUUCAAUACCUGCAUGACUAUGCCGGAGUUAAUGCAAGUAUAGGAUUGACAACCAAUCCCGUGAUCAACCUUUCUGGUGUGAUUGGCUCCAAAGCUUUUGCAGUUGGUUCUGAUGUGGCAUUUGAUACUGCGUCUGGGAAUUUCACCAAGUGCAAUGCUGGUUUGAGCAUCACCAAUCAGGAUCUUAUUGCUGCCUUAACUCUGAAUAACAAGGGUGAUAGCUUGAGUGCUUCUUAUUAUCACAUAGUCAAACCUUUAACCAACACAGCAGUGGGUGGAGAGCUGACCCAUUACUUCUCGAGCAACGAGAACACUCUCACCUUCGGAACACAGCAUGUUCUGGACCCUCUGACCACAGUCAAGGCACGCUUCAAUAACUAUGGCAUGGCUAGUGCACUUAUCCAACAUGAGUGGAAGCCCAAAUCUUUCUUGACCAUCUCAGGUGAAGUUGACACUAAGGCCAUUGAGAAGAGUUCUAAAGUUGGCUUGUCAUUGGUGCUCAAGGCUUAGACACAAAUCAUAGGCGAAGCAGAAUUAUUUACUGUUACUGGUUAUGCUUAGUGCGCAUCAUCUAUAAAAUUGAGUCGAUUUGUUACUUUUCCAGUAUUCGUUUCUGCUUUGGUUUACAUUUAUUUCGAUACUCGACCUUUCAAAUAUUAUUAUUACUAUUAUUUUUCAGCAAAUGAGGCUAAGACCACCUCAACGUACA